ACCGAGUUUACAGCAAAUCUGUAAAAAAAAAAACGGCCCACAGAAUGAGAAGAAAGCCCACACAGCGCACAGAAACAGCACGCCAUUACCGUCAAACCGCAGAUUUUCUGGGUUGAAAAUGAGUAUCUAACUAAGCAUUCCUGCCUUUGCCUUCUGGCCGUGGAGUUAUGGUGUAAAUCAACAUCAGUUUUGCUUGGAUACAGCAAUUGUUUGUGAAUGUCCAACCUUUUAGUAACACAGAUACUCAUAAAGCGUCCCUAAAAAUGCAGAAGAGACUGAGAAUAUUGUUGACUCCUAUUGGUUUUCCACUUUGCUCUAUUAUUUUGCUUCUCUUGCCCAAGUGUGUGUUAUGUGCAAGUACAGAGAAAACUGUGGUUAACAAAGAGGAGUACUAUAGUGCCACAAUCAAUGCCACCAUCCAGGAAGUUAAAGGGAAUGGCAGAAGGAUUAUAUCGAAGGAGGAUGGCAGGUACGGACAGAAUUCACCUAAAACAGAGGUGAAAGGAAUCAUAAUAAUACCUUCUACUGUUAAUGGAGUGGUGGACAUGCAGGGCUGCUGUCCUUACACACGUUUUGUAAUUCCUCCAAAGACCACGCACUGGAUUGCUCUGCUUCAGCGAGGAAAGUGCACUUUUAAAGAGAAGAUUUUAAAGGCUGCAGCCUUUAAUGCCUCUGCUGUGCUUAUCUACAACAACAGUUCUAAAGAGGACACGGUGACAAUGGCACACGAGGGCACUGGAGACACAGUGGCGGUGAUGAUUACAGAGUCAUUGGGAAAGGACAUCAUUUCAUUCUUAGAAAAGAAUGAGACAGUGGUAGUUUCAGUGUCAGUCGGAUCUCGGGGUCCAGUUAAGAACCUGAACCGUGGCUCACUGGUCUUUGUUUCCAUCUCCUUCAUUGUUCUAAUGAUCAUCUCAUCCGCAUGGCUUAUCUUCUACUUUAUACAGAAAAUCAGAGACACCACUGCACGAGAUCGGAGCCAGCGACGCCUCGGAGAUGCUGCGAGGAAAGCUAUCAGUAAAUUGACAACUCGUACGGUUAAAAGAGGGGACAAGGAAACAGAACCUGAUUUUAAUCAUUGUGCUGUGUGCAUUGAAGGCUACCAGCUGAACGACAUUGUUCGUGUUUUGCCUUGCAAGCAUGUCUUCCAUAAGAUGUGUGUGGAUCCAUGGCUUAAUGAACACUGUACCUGUCCCAUGUGUAAACUUAACAUUCUUAAAGCUCUGGGUAUCACGACCAAUUUACAGUGCGUAGAUAAUGUGGCGUUUGAUAUGGAACAUUUGUCACGCACUCACUCCUCCAGCCAGCGGGUGGCGCUGAUGGAUGCAUCGUCUGACACUAGUGGAAGUGUGGACCCACUGACACGCUCAGGUUCAAGUCAGCUACUUUCUGAAUCAGAGCUUACACAUUCACACCACAGCGGGGAAAUCAACAUUGCUGUUACCAGUGGCCAUUUUUUUGGCCGAAAUUCAGGAUCGCCUCGAAGUGUUUUAAGUGAGAUGGAGUUAUCAGAAAUCCAGUCAUCUCUGGACAUGUUGGAUGAGAAUAAAUCCUGAGGCCACGCUUUCAUUUGACCAUUAACUAAUUUUCUGCACUCUUCCUGAAUCCCUAAAUAGGGGGCCAAAGUCUUUUACAGUGUGCUUGGACAUUGAAAGCACUACAAUAAUGACAAAAAUCCAAUACUCGUGGACCUAUGAGGCUAAUUCACAGCGAGUCUUUCAACUAGAGUUGUUCAGUGUAUGUCGUCUAAUCGUUUUUUCCUCUAUGAUGGACUCUUUGAUGGACAGUCAUAACUGAUGGAUGACCUUUGUUUUUAAGGAAUGAUUAUUGGGUGUUUUUUGAAGGUUGUAGCUUAAAUGCUAGGGCCUGGUAAAAGUGUUCUUAACAUAAAUGUUUUUAGCAUGUAUUGGUCAUGAAUGAUACAGACUUUUGAUCAAGUCCAUCACAAGAAAAAAAACUGUUGGCUAAAUCAGCACACUCAGCUAAACCCUGGCAAAGGACAUGUGAAUGCUAAACAUAACUACAGAUAAUGUUGCUAACAAUACACAUCAUUAUACAUUUUAAAAAGCAACUUGCUGCUUCCAACCAUUCUCAGUGUAAAACAAAAAUAUUUCCAUAUUAGAUAAAGCAUAUGGAAUUGCAAAAAAAUAUAAUAAUUUCCCUUCCAUUAUAUAUAUAUAUAUACAAAUAUAUGAUUUUCCCCCAAACAUAAACAUUGGUAGUUUAUAGUUAUUAGUUUCUAAAUUGUGGUAAUGGACCUUCUAUGGUUUAUUCUGCUAUAUUAAAACUCAAAAUUGAUGCUUAUCUUCUGAAUCCACUACAUAUUCACUUCACAUUGAACUAAUACUGCAAAUACUAAACAGUGACCCUUUAUCUUAGCAGUUUAAAACAAGCGUAGGUUGCACUCAAUGUAUCAAUUCAGUUGUUUGUGGCAUUCUUGCCUGUUAUUUGCAUAUUAAAUGUAUCCUGCCAUACCUUAAUUCAACAUUUACUUAAGGGAACCUGCCAUAUGAUAUGCAGGCUUUAGUCAAAAGAGAUAAAAGUAAUAUUAAAUAAAAGUUUAAUCCAAGAAAGGGUUCAGCAUUGCAGAAUAAAGACAUGAAGACAUGCCUAUUGGUAUAGGCAACUUUUUGGAGUGUGUUGCUGGCAUCAAAUUCCACAUUUGUUAAUAUUUACAAAAGUCUAAUACAGAAUUUUUUUUUCCUUUGUACUUCAGUUCAAUAAAGGUUUAAGAAACUUCCAAAGCAGAGGUUCUUGUUUUAAUGCAUUUUACAGAAUGUCCCAACUACUCUGGAAAUGGGGUUUAUACUUACUGCAUGCUGAACCUGCAAGC